UCCAGGGAGUGGACCAUGAAGACGUCAAUUGUAUUUUUGCUUUGCAUCUCAGUUUUCCCAGGCUUUUCCCAGGGCAGAGUUGUUGGAGAGGAUGAAACUGGUUUUGCUGAGUGUAACGUGUUCUUCCCUGGACAAGUCCCACCCGAAGGAUUUACGGAGCCGUUCCACGUGAAAAUCUGUCAGCAGUACAACAAAGAGCCACGCUUUGCAACCCUCUACAGUACUAAGGACAAAAUCCCUCUUUAUUCAGCUUUUAAGUAUACAAAGCCAGCCCAAAACAAGGAGGAGAACUGGCUGGUCGAACCGCAGAUAGACGAUCCAGAAAAUGACCUGCAUGAGAUGGUGCAUGAAGCUGAUAUCAUUGGCACUGUGGCCAACCUUGGUGCAAAUCAAGCCCUGACCUCAGACUACGUGGGCUCUGGUUAUGGGAGAGGGCUGCUCAAUCCCAGCUUGCUCAAUGAGGAGGAUUUCCAGAUGGCCACUUACACGCUCACAAAUGCCGUCCCUCUGAACCCGUCUCUGAGCAAAAGCUGGCACAGAGACAUUGAGAGGGUAGUGGAGGAAGCUCUGGUCCCUCACUGCUCCAAGAAGGAUCAUCUGUAUCUCCUUGCAGGUGCAAUUCCUUCCAGCGUCCGAGUUAAAGGCAAGGUGUCAGUGCCAGACACCCUCUGGCUGGCAGCCUGCUGUGAUGCUCCGGAGGGAUGGUCCCUGGGACUAGUGAAAAAAAUGAAUGAUGAAAACAGCUUGGCAGACCUCACGGUGGGAGAGCUGGAGAAGCAGCUUCUAGCAGGAGUUCACUUGUUCAAGGGCAGCUGUGGGGAAGACAACCAAAGCCAGGACAAAACAGAAGCAAUACUGCAAGCUGUCAGUCAGAUCCGCUCUGGAGAGCAAGUAGGAACAAGUGACAACCAGAUGGCCAAAGACAGUGGCUUGGUGAGAAGAGUGGCUGGCAUCAUUGCUACUCCUUUCAUCAAACUUCUGGAACUCCUCAUCUACGUGUUUGUGGAGCUGGUGAAAUUUGUGUUUUAUUUUCUGUGGCUUGUUAUCAAGCGAGUUGGUAGUACAGUUCUGGAUGGAGUCUACAGCCUGUGGAACGGGGUGGUGUCCUACCUUAAAGCCAUCAGCAUGGUGCUCAUCAGCAUCCCCUAUGAUGUGGGGAGGGUCAUCAUCAACAUCUUCCUGGGCUUCCUGCAAAUUGUCCAAGAUGUGGCGUCCCUCACCUACAGGAUCCUGCGCAUCCCCGUGGGGUUUGUCCUUCACCUCGCUGCUUUCCCUUACCACUCUAUCUGUGCCAUUCCCUCUGUCCUCAAAGACAUGGCCACCGGGAUCGGGGGCACCUUCUCGCUUGUCAUUGAUGCCACAGCCGCACUUCUGCAUGGCUUUUAUUACCUGGCGGGUCACAUAGUCAAACGAUUUGUCCCUAAAGGCUCCUCUGAUGACUGACAGGGAUGGGAACCAAGGCUGCAAAGACACGGAGUGAAGGAGGAGUGGCGCAAUGCUUUAAGAUAUGUGGCCAAACGCUGUCAAUUUUUUGCUGGUAUUUAUUGUAGUGACAUUAAUAAUAAUGAACUGACUGGGGAGUAAAAGGGAGGGCUGAGGUAACGUCACUGGGGGCCACCAUCAUUGUAACUCAAGUUCUGUCUGUUGUAAAGUGUUCGGGUUUUAUUGGUGCAGGCCACUAAGUUUGUGUGAUUUGCGGAUGUCAAGAUGCUUCCUCUGGGAGAUGCAUGCUAAAUGUGGUACGAGGUUAUUUCUUUCCAGCUAUGAUAACACUGAGACCUACGUGCUGACAGUGAGCUCUGCAGAAGCCCAUCCCUGCCACGGAGGUGGUGGUGGUCAGUGGAGGAUUUUAGUUAUGGAGGAUUUUCUGGGACCUGGAGAAAGGAGAAGGAGGCGAGGGUGCAAGGAUUUGGGGCUGGGAAACAGCAGGGAGCAGGGCAGGAUAGGGGCAAGGUCCUGCUGUUGGUUGCACUGCUCAUUGCACCAAGGUCCCACUGGUGGAGGGAAUGCGACCGGGUGUAUCUCGUAGUCCUCAGGCCUUUCCAGGCAGCUGAAAUCACGUAGAUCUUGCUGUGAGGAAAGACCCGCUGCCGGUUCUUUCAUAUGGUGGGAAAACAUUUUCCCUUAGCCAUACCAAGGUCAUCUUCCCCCAACCCUUCCUUGCUCUCUGGUGACCACUGAAGGUCUAAGCCCUGAAGCUUCCAGAUGUGGUGUUCCCUGAAGGUCUAAGCCCCUGAAUGUCUC